AUGGCCUUCUCGGGUAUACUGUUGCCUGAUGAGUCGGCAAUUCCUCUGCAAGAAGAAUCAAUAUUCAGAUCUGCCCCAAUGACUUUGGUUCAAUUCUAUAUGACAUUGGAAUUAGCAAGAGAUGUAGUUAACGAAUUGGGUACUCUAGGAGAUGUUCAUUUCCGUGACUUAAACUCCAAAUUGACUCCGUUCCAAAGAACAUUUGUUAUGGAAUUGAGGAAAAUAGAUACAGUUGAAAGUCAACUUUCUUAUCUUUUUCAAAUGAUGGAAACUUAUAAGACAAUUAGAAGUGAUUUAUAUCUGUCCUUUAGUCCUGGAGCUGAGCCAUUGGCUACAGCAACAGAAGUGGAUGACAUGGUAAAUAGAGUCAAAGAAAUCCAUCAACGUAUUCUGCAACUCCAUGAAUCUUACACUUCAUUGGAACUGAAAAAGUUUAAAUUGAUCGAGAAUAGAUAUGUCAUCAAUGCGGUAAAUAACUUCCAUUCGCAGUCCUCUGGAUCCAAUCGUCCACGUGAACAGGCUUUUGAUUUUGAGAUUCAUGAUGAAUCAGAUGACGAAGACGACGUGGCUCUUUUAAAUGGAAGAAACCAUAGCUUGGAACUUGGAGGAACUGUAGAAAUGGACUCUGAAGCAUUAGAGGACUCUGGAUUCAACUCGAUUUCAGGCUCAAUUGUUCGAGAAAAGGUCCCAUUGUUACGUAAAAUUUUAUGGAGAACAUUAAGAGGUAACUUGUUUUUCCAUGACGUUCCAAUUGAAACAGAGUCUUCUUCAGAUUCACAAUUAAAUGAGAAAAAUAUCUUCAUAAUCUAUAUCCAUGGAGACUUUCUUAAACAAAGAGUAAGAAGAAUUAUUCAGUCAUUAGAUGGGGUAAUUUAUGGAAAUGUCGAUGGCAGUGCGAGUGUAAGGAAUGAAACUCUUGCACAACUUAAUCACAAUAUUUCUGAUUUGGAAAGUGUUGUGGAAAGUACUAGAAGUCACUUAGUUUCAGAAUUGGUUAUUUUUCAAGAUUCUUACGUCCAACUCUAUUUUGCUGUUCAAAGAGAAAAACGGAUUUAUCAAACAUUAAACAAGUUUGAUACAGAUGGUACCAGAAGAUGUCUUGUUGGAGAAGGUUGGAUCCCUAAAUCUGAAUUGAAUAAAAUUCGAGGCUCUUUGAAGAAUUUGAUUAGAAGAAAAACACAUGUCGCUUCUCCUUCUUCUUCGUCACAAGAAUCAAUUAGUUUAACAGGUACUGGAAUUUCUUCUGCUACAGCGGAAUCAGCCCAUUCGAAUUUCUCACUUGGAGUUGAUGAUGAAGAUAUUCUUGGUGAAAAUGAUGAAGAAAUUGGAGGAUCAUUAAUUGCAGUUGUCAAUGAACUUACGACAAAUCGUACCCCUCCAACUUUCCAUAAGACAAACAAAUUUACAGCAGCCUUCCAACUGAUUAUUGAUGCCUAUGGUAUUGCAACAUAUCAAGAAGUAAACCCUGGAUUGGCAUCAAUCAUUACAUUCCCAUUCAUGUUUGCCAUCAUGUUUGGAGAUUUGGGUCACGGUUUCAUUGUAUUUCUCAUUAGUUUAUUCUUGAUCAAAAACGAAUAUCAAUUUGGUCUCAUGAGAAAUAAAGAUGAAAUUUUUGAAAUGGCAUUUAAUGGUAGAUAUAUCAUUUUGUUGAUGGGGUUCUUCUCGAUGUACACUGGGCUUAUAUAUAAUGAUGUAUUUUCCAAAUCCAUGACAUUGUUUAAGUCUGGUUGGGAAUGGGAGUUCCCAGAAGGAUAUGAUUAUGCUAAAGAUGGUGCAAUUACUCUUACUGCUAAAAAAAUUGUUGGCAAAACCUACUGGUUUGGGUUAGAUUGGAUAUGGCAUGGAACUGAAAAUAAUUUACUAUUUACUAAUUCAUACAAGAUGAAACUUUCUAUUCUUAUGGGAUUUAUUCAUAUGAACUACUCAUUAUAUUUCAGUUUGGUUAAUUAUAGAUUUUUCAAAUCUAGAGUUGAUAUUAUUGGUAAUUUCAUUCCAGGAUUUCUUUUCAUGCAAAGUAUUUUUGGCUAUUUGACCCUUACCAUUAUAUAUAAAUGGUCAGUUGAUUGGAUUGGACAAAAUCGUGCUCCCCCUGGGCUUCUUAACAUGCUUAUCAACAUGUUUUUAGCUCCAGGAAAAAUCGAUGAACAAUUAUAUCCUGGGCAAAAAUUUGUUCAAAUUGUUCUUGUUUUGAUUGCACUUGUAUGUGUUCCGUGGUUACUUGUUUAUAAACCAAUGGUUUUGAAAAGACAAAAUGAUAAUGCUGUGCAAUUGGGAUAUAGUGAUUUGCAUUCUCAAUUACAUCAUGAUCUUCAACUCCAUGAAGAAGAAGAAGCAUUGGAACUGUUGGAAAACGAGCUUAACCAUGAUGGUGGAGAUGACGAAAUAGAUAUGUUGAAUGGCGAUUUUAGAUUUCCGAAUGAUAUUGAACCAUUGAACAUCAACUCCACUUCCCAUGGAGAUCAUGAUGAAUUCAAUUUUGGUGACAUCGUUAUUCAUCAAGUCAUUCAUACAAUUGAAUUCUGUUUGAAUUGUGUUAGUCACACUGCUUCAUAUUUGAGAUUAUGGGCAUUAUCACUUGCCCAUGCUCAAUUAUCAUCUGUUUUAUGGUCUAUGACUAUACAAAAUGCAUUUGGUGGAGGGACUGGUCCUAUGGGAAUUUUUAAAGUAGUUGUUCUUUUUGGCAUGUGGUUCGUAUUAUCUGUGUGUAUUUUAGUGUUGAUGGAAGGUACUUCCGCUAUGUUACAUUCUUUAAGAUUACACUGGGUUGAAGCCAUGUCCAAGUUUUUCAUUGGAGAAGGCUAUGCUUACGAACCAUUUACAUUUACCGAUAUAGAUUAUUAG